CUUGCAUCAGUUAUGUGCCAGCCCUGCACCUAACGAUAUAGGAUUUCUGCUGAUUAAGGACGCCACCGGCGACGCUAGAUAUAAGACUUAGUUUUAAGAAUUCAUUCUUGUAAGCAUCGCGCUACAGAUCACUCUAUUAAUUUGUAAUUAUAAUAAAUUAGUUUGAUAUUAAAUUGGUUUUUUUUGGAGUGCACCGGCGGGUGAAAUAUAAUUGGCGCAGUCGGUAGGAUACUCGGGUCGCGCCUCGCGGGCAAGAUUUUCCGGAAAAUUAAGAAAAUAUAACGGUUUCGAGGCCCCGCCUGGCCGACCGGUUUUUCUAAAAACCGCAAGCGAGUAUCGAGUUAAGAAGAAAGCCCCUGGAAUCUAGAAAUCGAUGCAGCAGUCCAGAAAACCAAUGAUGCUGCUGACAACCCUGAUGUUGUCCCUGGACAUAGCAAUGACCCAGGAGAUAAGACUUGAGAAUAUGGACAACGGACCUGGACUAUUACCGUUUAAUAUCGGACUUACUGACAUAAUUACCCAUUAUCAUACCUUUUUGCAUUUCAUUGACUUGGAUGAAAUUGGCCUGAAGAUUGAAACAUUAAAGACUCAAAUUCAUGACAUUGAGGGUUACUUUGACAACCACAGUUUACCUAUUUCUAAAGCUCGUCUUCAACAUUUAACGGAAAAAUUAGAUAAAGCAUCGUUGUUAUUAAGUACAUUAAAACCUGGUCGCGUUAAAAGAGGUUUAAUUAAUGGUUUAGGCUCUAUUAUUAAAAGUGUAACCGGUAACUUAGACUACAGCGAUGCCAUUAAAUAUGACGAGGCCAUUAAAAUUCUUCAAAAUAAUCAAAAUAAUAUAAUUUCCGAAUUUAAUAAUCAUAUAAGUCUUAGUAAGGCGUGGAUGUCCGAGCACGCGAAAAUUAUUGAUAAAUUAGUGGAAAAUCAAAUUGAUUUAAAUAAAACAAUGUAUUUUAUGAUUUCGAAAUUUAAUACUGAACAUGUAGAUACAGUAGUCUUCGCAGAAAUUUCCCAAUUAUUAAAUUCAUUUGAUGAUAAUAUUAAUGAGCUACUAUUAGUUAUAAGAAAUAUCGAAGAUAGUUUAGCUUUUACGCGCACUUAUACAGCGCACCAUAUUAUGUUAGAUAUAAGUAUGUUACGUAGUAUGUUAGGUACUUUAAGUUCUGUUUAUAAACCGGAACAGUUAUUAGAUUUAGAACUCCGCGAAUACUAUAGCGUAAUUCGCACUGGGUCAUAUUUUAGUAAUAAUAGAAUAGUUAUAGUGUUACGGUUUCCCAUAAUAUCCCCUAAUACUUUUACCCUUUUUAAAUUAUCCAUCUUACCAAAUCAUUACCAACACAUUAUUAUACCUCCCUUUCCUUAUAUAGCAACCAAUAAUGAUAAUUAUGUGUACAUAGAGGCUGAAUGCCCGAAGUCAAGAAAUCGGUUUCUGUGUGAAGAGACACUUAAUCAUCAUAUAAAACGCUCACCUGAUUGCAUAGCAGACCUUGUCAUCAGCCAGCAAGUGUCAAAUUCAUGCAUACCUACCACGUUGACACUCGCCAAGCCUGCCAUGGAAAAAUUAGACGACCAACAUUACUGCGUUACGUUUCCAAGUUUAACUAAAAUAUCCCUGUCAUGUAAACGAAGAGAAUAUCUGAAUCUGCAGGGCAGUUACCUUGUAACAGUACCGCCGAACUGUUCUCUGCAUACUAAGGACCUCACCAUUGUUAACAUAAAUAAUCAAUUAAAAGGGGAGCCUUUGAAGAUUUUGCUACCAAUGAACUCUACCCCUACGACACCACAGCGAUCCUUAAAGAUACAUACGAUUGAUUUGAAUGGAUUACAUAAUUUAGAGAAGCAAAUCGAAGUACAAAUGCCUAUUAUUCCGGAAAAUCCAACCAUCAUCUACCACACCACUUUACCCUUCUACGUAAUGCUCCUGUGUUCAGCUAUUUUUGUAAUAUACAUCGGAUAUCGUCGACUCCAUAAAAGUACCCAGAAUGCUGGAGUUCAAGAGCAACAGGUACACCCAGAAGGUGAUCCAGCCGCAACAUUUUCCCUCAACGUCCUCAAAUAGUUGCGGAUCUGCGGGGGGAGGAGUUAUGUGCCAGCCCUUGCAUCAGUUAUGUGCCAGCCCUGCACCUAACGAUAUAGGAUUUCUGCUGAUUAAGGACGCCACCGGCGACGCUAGAUAUAAGACUUAGUUUUAAGAAUUCAUUCUUGUAAGCAUCGCGCUACAGAUCACUCUAUUAAUUUGUAAUUAUAAUAAAUUAGUUUGAUAUUAAA